CGGGCGCUGCAUGGAGCUCGGCGGGAAGGCCGGCGGGGCGGAGCGGGGGCAGCUCCUCGCCGCUGGGCGGCAGGACCGCGCGGGAGGGCGGCGGAGCGUCCCUGUGGGUAGAGAUUUAAUGUUUCAUUUUGAACAGGAUUUACAAGAAGAACGUCGGGCACUGAAAAAGGAUCAAAAAAUGCAUCGGAGCAAGGCAAUGAAAUAUUUGAUGGAGACAAACAGAAGAAGAAGAGCCUUUGAAGAAAGACAGAAGGAAGAAGAAGCAAAAGAACAAAGAUUUAGAGAACAAGUUCUGCGGCAGAGGAAAAUUAAAUUUCAGGAGGCAACUGCUAAGUUCCAACAUGCUCAUCAGUCUUUUUCUCAGCAGAAACAAACAGCUCUGAUCCCUCCAGCCCAGACUAAAGCAGCUUUUCAGUUAGAAGAAGCUCUUGAACAAAUUAAAGGAACAGUUUUUACACCAGGACAGUGCUUGCAAAACAUAAACAAAAUCAACUUCAGAACCACAGAUGACACGUCAUGCUCAUCAGCAUGUAGAAGUGAUUCUUUCCAUAAGAAGCACAAUUCAGCAACGUUUGGCUGUGAUGAAACAAUACAGGAGAGCAGUAGAACAGACAUGGACAGUGGCCAACUUCUCUUCCAGAAAAAUCUGAAAGAAAUGCAGCGGCUCCUUGAAAAACAGCAUCUCAACAACUUGGAGAAUUUUCAUCAAGAAGUCAAAGAAACAGAUGAUUCAGAAAGCCUGAUGAGCCUUGACAGUCUUGAGGCUGGAGAGCAAAAUGGAAAUUGCACAACACAGAGUGAAUCAUCUUUUACCACACAGUGUGACUGUGCCCUGUAUGAUCCAGAAAAAUGCCAGACUAGGAAUAAUGGUUUACUUCACACAGAUCAAAGUACUUCUAAAAAUGUGCAUCUAAAUAAUUGUCUGAGAAAUGUAGAUUUGCUACACUACCACAACAUACCUAUUCAUGAUCUUUUAGCUAAACAUAAUGUUCUAACUCCUGCUGAACAUGUAAACACUUCAGAAGAGGAAUCAUCUGCUUCUCACAGAUCUGGAAAACAACCUGCAGAAUUCUCUGCCUCUGGUAAGCAAAAGAGCUCUGUAAGUAAUGCAUUUAGUUUUCUGCAAAACAUAAAAGACAGAAGCAAGCCAUCUUCUGGAACAGCUAGCACAUUUGCCACUGGUCAUCCUGUUUUCAAUCCUAGCAGCGCCUGGAACAGCCCUGAUUCUAUUCCAGGAGUAAGAAUUCAGGAUCUGAUGCAAGAUCAGACUUUUAAAAUGACCCCACAGGAGAGAACUAAAUCUAUGCAAUCAUCCAGUCAACCUAUUGCAACAUCUGUAAUCUUAUUUCCUAAUCAGGGAUGUUCCACUGGCAUUCCCAGCACAGCUGAUGUAUUACCAAAGGACAAAAAGAUCAGUACAGGCUUUUUAAAAAAUACCUUAGGAAAAAUAACUGAAACAAAAGAAGAAAAUAUUAAAUGUAUGAAUGAUAUUAUUUCAGAAACAUCUUUAUUUCAGGACAUACCAAAUGCCUCAGUUCUGUUGGAAGUUAAACAACAGAAUAAUAAAGAAGGAAAGGGAAAUAUAGUUGAAAAUAUGUCACUGUUACCUGAUACAGAGUUCAAUUCUGGCACUCCUGCAAAGGACAAAAUCCUGAAAAAUAGUAUUCUUGAAAGAAAAGGAGUGAAGUUAUUCAGAAGUAUCUUAAAGAAGGGUUCUAAAUAUGAACCUAGUCAUUUCAAAGCUGUGGUUACAGACCAUACAAUCAGUUCUGGAACUCAACUCAUGUCAUCUGUCAGAGACAGUUUAGAAAUGGCAAAAAUUAAAAAGAAAAGUGCAGAAAUUGAAAAAUGCAAUAGGAAGCUAAAAUGGUGUGAUGAAAUUGACCAGAUAAUAGAAAAUGAUGAAAAAUGCUGUGAAAAAAGCAUCAGUGAAAUAUGUUCUUCAAAACUGCAAUGUGUUCAAACUGCAAAUAACGCUCCUAAGAAUAAUUUAAGUAUUGUUGCUCAGCCCUCAAACCCUAUGUUCAUGAAAAAUCAUCAGGAAAAUUCUUAUAUGUCAAAACCAAACAUUAAUACUGAAAAAUCAAAUAAAGAACACCUAUCUCGGAAUAUAUUUACAUCUACAGGAUACUUUUCUGCUAAGAAAGCUUGGAUGGUAUCAAAAGAUGAAGCAAGUAAACCCCCGGUAUGUAGCAAUAAUGCUAAAGUUAAAGAAGGUGAUCAACUCAAAAAUAAGGCAAAAGUAACCAGAAGAGCAACAUCUACAAGAGUCCAGUCACAUUUUGUGCCCAUGAACAGAAGAGGGACUCUGAUCCAACUGCAGUCAGCCACUGAAGCCAACAAGACUCAAAAAGCUCCAGGGAAAUACCUCGCACCUCACGCACCUUCCACACCUCUACCAGGAAACAAAAGUGUUGAGAGCACAGGCAGCCCUGGGUGUCCCUCACUGCCUGCCAGCCUGCGAGCUACCGGUGCUAGCAGCAGUGAUUUCAAUGACAGGCAUGCUGUGCCAGCCAGUCAGGUUUUAAAUAGCAGCAGUGCAGAAAACAGCGAGAAUAUUGCUGGCUGUGCUGGCUUGGCCGCUGCCAUCUCUACUGCUGACUGCAGCACAGCCAAAGACAAACCUUGGGCAAAAAAUACUUGUUCUGUAAAUAAUGUUAAGGCAAGCGCCUGUCAGCAUCAUUCAGUAACUUGCUCUGAGAGAAGACCUGUUAACACAGAAAAUAGAUUACAUCUCCAUCAUAUCCCAGCAGCUGGAAAAACAAGCACCUUCUGGCACGGAGCACAUUCUACCCAAGCUCCAAAAGAAUCUGCUACUGGAAGUGUUCCUGUUACAAGACAAAAUCAGGGUUUUGGCAACUAUGAAAAUAAACACCGAGGUUUUUCAGAAUGCAGAAGACAAAGUGUCAUCUCUAAAACAUGGAAGCCUGCUCAUCAUGCACAGAAUUCAUUAUGUGCUGUCCAGCUGAGUCCCAUUCAAUCUGCAUUUGAUCCAGUACAAAAGAUGAAAAACAUCUCUAAAUCUGAGGAAGUUUCAGAAAGCACUGCUCAGUUUCUAGUGGCAGAAAAACUAGCAAGUACACCAAUUGCAGAGGGUGAAAUCCUGGCAGUCAUGGACCGUGUGAAGCCAGCCAGACAGCUCUCACUGCUUAGAAGGGCUCUGUGUCCAGGCAGGAGUACCCUUUCCAUUGAAGAACAGAAGAUUUUCCAGUCUCUGGAUUAUCUGGAUGAAAAGCUACAAAAUGUUCAAAAAGCCAUUACCAGAAACCCAUUUGCUUCACAUGUUUUACAGAUAAGCAACCCUUAAGUAUUCAGCAAUGCAUGUCCUCCCCUUGGGUGAGCCCUGCAAUAGCCUCACUGCAGUACCGGAGUACUUCCAGCUGGCAACCCACUGCAGUUGUACAGGAGACACUGACAUUAUCUGCUACAGAAUCUUGUGGCUUUAUGUACUUUAUAUGCAGUGUGUAUAAUGUUUGACAGUACAAAAUUAGUAAUAAAAUUAAGAAGAAAGCAGAAACUCAAAUAAUGAAUGUCAAUUGACUGGUAAGCAUUUUUAGGAUAACUAAGUCUAUUUUAUUCUGCACUUUAUUGUAAAAUCAAUUUUAAAAAACCCAUCUGAAUUGUUAUACCAGUUCUGGAUUAAAGACCUUUUGUUAACCAGCGUGAUACUUCAAUUUGUGAAGUUAGUUAAUUGCUAAGAAAUGGUGAGUUUUUAACUUCUUCUUGUUCACUUCCUCUGCUGUUUCGAUAAAAAGUAAUGAAAAGAUAAACAUUCAUGGAAUCAUAAAAUCACAAAACCAUUUCAGUUGGAAGAUCAUUGAGUUCAUCAAGGUGACACUGCAGUGUUUGCCACUAAACCAAGUACCCAGGCACCACAUCCUCAUCUCUUUUUUUGUGUUGUUAAACAAGCAGAAUCAGUCAACAAAUCUAGGCUGCAAUUAGCUACAAGAAGUAAUAAAAAGAA